AUGCACCGCGGCGGGCAGCCUUUGAAAAAGCGGCGCGGCUCAUUCAAGAUGGCGGAGCUCGACCAGUUGCCUGAUGAGAGUUCUUCAGCAAAAGCACUUGUUAGUUUAAAAGAGGGAAGCUUAUCUAGCACAUGGAAUGAAAAAUACAGUUCCUUACAGAAAACGCCAGUUUGGAAAGGCAAGAACACAGCCUCUUCAGUGGAGAUGCCCUUCAGAAAUUCAAAACGAAGCCGUCUUUUUUGUGAAGAUGAUGACAGACAAUUAAAUACAAGGUCCCCUAAAAGAAAUCAGAGAGUUGCAAUGGUUCCACAGAAAUUCACAGCAACAAUGUCAACCCCAGACAAGAAAGCUUCACAGAAGAUUGGCUUCCGCCUGCGCAACCUUCUCAAACUUCCCAAAGCGCACAAGUGGUGCAUCUAUGAAUGGUUCUACUCAAAUAUAGACAAACCACUAUUUGAAGGAGAUAAUGACUUUUGUGUCUGUCUGAAAGAGUCUUUUCCUAAUCUGAAGACCCGAAAGUUAACAAGAGUGGAAUGGGGAAAAAUUAGACGGCUGAUGGGAAAACCACGGAGGUGUUCUUCUGCAUUUUUUGAGGAGGAACGAGCAGCAUUAAAACAGAAGCGGCAAAAAAUUCGACUCCUACAACAAAGGAAGGUUGCAGAUGUUUCCCAAUUCAAAGAUCUUCCAGAUGAGAUUCCUCUCCCUUUGGUCAUUGGGACAAAGGUCACAGCACGAUUGCGUGGUGUUCAUGAUGGCCUCUUUACUGGACAGAUAGAUGCUGUAGACACACUUAAUGCUACUUACAGAGUUACGUUUGAUAGAGCAGGACUUGGAACUCAUACUGUCCCUGAUUAUGAAGUCCUGAGUAACGAACCUCAUGAAACAAUGCCAAUUGCGGCCUUUGGACAAAAACAACGGCCAUCUCGAUUUUUCAUGACUCCACCACGGUUACAUUACACUCCUCCUCUCCAGUCGCCAAUUACAGAUAAUGAUCCGUUGUUAGGACAGUCACCGUGGAGAAGCAAACUUCCUGGUUCAGAUACUGAAACAUUAGGUGGUUUUCCAGUGGAAUUCCUUAUCCAAGUAACUAGAUUAUCAAAAAUUCUCAUGAUUAAGAAGGAGCACAUCAAGAAAUUAAGGGAAAUGAACACAGAAGCAGAAAAAUUGAAAUCCUAUUCUAUGCCCAUCAGCAUUGAAUUUCAGAGGAGAUAUGCAACUAUUGUUCUAGAUCUUGAGCAGCUGAACAAGGAUCUAAACAAAGUUUUACAUAAAGUUCAGCAGUACUGUUAUGAGCUUGCUCCAGACCAAGGACUCCAACCUGCAGACCAGCCAACAGAUAUGAGACGCAGGUGUGAAGAAGAAGCACAGGAAAUUGUUAGGCAUGCAAAUGCAUCCACAGGACAACCCUGUGUUGAAAAUGAAAAUCUUACUGAAUUGAUUUCUAGACUUACAGCAAUAUUAUUACAGAUCAAGUGUCUAGCAGAAGGAGGUGACCUGAAUUCCUUUGAAUUCAAAUCACUUACUGAUUCACUAAAUGACAUUAAGAGUUCAAUAGAUGCCUCCAAUAUCAGUUGUUUUCAGAAUAAUGUUGAGAUCCAUGUUGCACAUAUUCAGAGUGGCCUGAGUCAGAUGGGAAACUUACAUGCCUUUGCAGCUAAUAACACCAACAGAGACUGAAAAGAAAGUUUAAUUAUUCCAAAUGUACAAGACAUAGUUUUGGAAAAUCUUGCUCCAUUAUACAGGCUUUCAACACCAAAUAACCUAUCUGCUGGUAAACAAGAAGAAAGACUCUCCAAAAAAAGGCAUUUAAAAAAUACCGUUGCUGCUUCAUAAACCAGCAUUACUGACCAGCAUUAUAUUUAUUUUAUUGUUUAUUUUACAAGUACAGGAGCUUUGCUUAAGGUACAUAUGUUUAUUAGCAAGUAUUGUUUUAAACUGAAAAUGUCUGAAUAUAUUUUAAUAUAACUUCCACAAAGACUAUAUAAACCAUUUUAAAAAUAUGGACGAAUGUAAUACAGCUCAUGCAGACAGCUCACAGUGAAAAAUGAGAAGAGAAAGGGUCUUGGUGCGAAUCAGUGGCUAAAUGAAUGGAAGCUGCUUCAUCUAGAAAACUACAACUUUAGUUGUUCUAGUUGGUUGCCAUAUCUCGGUCUUCAAAAGAUGAUAAAAUGAGGUGUGUGAAUUCCUAGUUUUAAGGAUGCCACUGGAAUAUGAAUGGAAAAUAUGGACUAUAAAAGUGGACAAGAUGUGUGCUUGAGAGUGUGGUGUAGUUCUGUAGAUGAGUUAAUAGCUUUUGAAAUAUGUUAAUUUAUCAUAAUUUAUGAAAGAAGCCUUUGUCUUUUGUCUGUUGAAGGAAAAUGAAGGAGCAGAAAAAACGUACUGCAGAAUGCUAAGUUCCAACGAGUGGAUUUGGCAUGUCUUUUCCCCUCAGUUCAGGGCAAAAGGUGCUUUUGUUUUGGAAUUUAUAAGAAUGACUGGUAACACACUAUUUUCAUAUUUUUGUUUGUUUGCACAACUUUUAAAUUUAGAUAACUGGUUAUAAUCUAAUGGUAUACAACUUAUAUAAAGAUUUUUAUAAAGAAAACAAAAAUAACCAGUGCUAUGAAACAUUAAGGAAAAAAAAAUUUUAAAAAAAGAAAAACUUACCUAGGCUAUUCUGGAAUGUUAAUCUUGUAAAAAGUAUGUAUUUGGAUUUUCUUUUUGUUUAAUAUAGAGUAUUGUAAAGUUUCAGUGUAAUAAUUUUUUUCCAGAUUUGGAAUUUAGGAAAUAGUUGUAGAAGUGGUUUUGAUUGUUUUAAACGUCUCAUAAAAUGAGGCUUUUUGUAUGUUAAUGUAUAAAGAAAUUUAAACAAGGUUAUUUUCGACUUGAAAAUUUUGUAUAGUUAAAAAAUGCUUCUGUAUUCCUUGUUGGUAUGGUGCCACUGCAAAACUUUAGGGCAGAGUAUAUAUUUAGCUAAACUAUUCAGUUAAUUAAGAAAUCCAUAAAUCUUUUAUUCUCAAUGACAUUUGUAAUUAUAAAUAAAUUGACCUAUGAAAGUUGGU